UCCUCCAACUACAGAAACUGUCCUCACAGUUCUGUACUCAGUUUGGUUUAGAAAGGAGCAUACACAAGCGAGCAAAAGCCGUUAUCUGCAGAAGUUACAAAAAAAAGAGUCUUAACCAGCAUUAAAAAAAUAGACAAAAUUGUGAACUCAUCACAACUAGAUGAAAUUCGAUCGCUUCAAAAUGCUCGACGGCGCAUGAUAGUUGAGAACAUUUUGGUAGACUUGCGGAAAAUCCUUUCUAACCACUUAGCAUCUCUUAAUUUCUAGCGUUUUUUUCACGUAUCUACACGAUGGUGUUGCUGACCUCCGUGUGUCCUCCAAGUGAAGGCAUACACCUUCAACAAGCCGAUAUCACGGCUGUCUGGAACAGUGAGGGGCUCGGACCAGGGACUCUUUUAAUCGCAGAAACGCGCGUGUCGUGGUUCAAUGUAUCCGGGAUGGGUUUCUGUCUGGACUACCAGUCAAUCAGCCUCCACGCGAUCUCACGCGACCUCACUUCUUACCCAAAGGAGCACCUGUAUGUAAUGGUCAAUUCUAAACUCAAAGCUAAUGGAGAAAAAGAAAACAUAAUAGAAGACGCGGAUGAUCAAAGUGAGAGCAGCGACGAAGACUGCAAUGACGAUUCCACAAGUCAAGUCACAGAAAUCCGCUUUGUUCCCAGUGACGAGGCUUCCCUGGAGGCCAUGUUCACUGCUCUGACGGAUUGCCAAGCCCUGCAUCCCGACCCUGACGAGUCCGAUUCGGACCUGGAGGGAGAUGAGUAUGACGUGGAAGAGGCUGAGAGCGAACAGAUCGACCCCCCCACGUUCUACAACUUCGAGGAGGGCUUGUCCCACCUCACCCUGGAGGGCCAGGCCACCCUGGAGCGUCUAGAGGGGAUGCUGGCCCAGUCUGCACCCCAGCCACGUUGCUGCAUGGGUGGGGUCGACACCAAGGACUCCCUCCCCUGCAAAGACGGAACAGAAAGGCCAUUGUGUGCACCGAAAUAAAGGUCUUUGGAAGCGGAGGAGUAGGGGGAGUUGGGAGGAGGUGGGCUGAAGGAGGAGAGUUUUAAGGUCAGAUUGUGUAACAAAUACCAGCCAAGUGAAGACUCUGGCCUUUCUGCAUAUACAUGGCAAAGUUGCUACUGGAAGGUGCUGGAGAACUAACAACAUAAAAAGCAGCAAUUGUAUUAUUGUUUUGUGUCUGUUUACAUUUGUAACCUGACUUGAGGACCAGAUUUUCUUCACUUUUGUGGACUGUUGUGUGUUUGUCAUAAUGAAUAGUAGUGAUUUUGUAUGAAGGAAACAAAAUAAAUGACUCAUCGGCA